UCGAAGUCGAGAUUAUGGUUCGAUCUUUUGAGACAAAUGGUGCUGGAGGAGAAGCACCGUGCAAGCCCAUCGAAGCGACCGAGGCCUACCGCAACAGGUACCCAGUUGCCUAUGAGCUAUCCAAGUUGUCUUUCGACACCCCUCGGCGAUUGAAGGUGAUUGUCGCGGGUGCAGGGAUCAGUGGUAUCUCUUUUGCCCACGCAGUGGAAAGCGGUCAAUUGCCCAACGUUGACCUGCAGAUCUUGGAAAAGAAUGCGGGAAUCGGAGGGACUUGGCUUGAGAAUCGCUACCCUGGCUGCGCCUGUGAUAUUCCCUCGCACAACUACCUGUUUACCUGGGCCCCAAACCCAAAAUGGUCGUCCUUUUACGUCUCCGCACCCGAAAUUCUCCAGUAUCUCGAGGACGUCGUAGAGAAGUUCGAUCUGAGAAAGUACAUCACGGUCAGUCGAAAGAUCACUGGCACCCGAUGGAACGAAGCCACACAGAAGUGGGUUGUCAUUAGUAAAAGCACGGAUGGCCGCCAAACUGUCAUUUCUGCCAAAGGAGUUGUUGAUGGUGAAGUUGGUGAUGAAAUAGUUGAGGAGUGCGAUGUGUUUAUCAACGCCAGCGGAUACAUGAAUAACUGGAGGUGGCCUAGCAUACCUGGUCGUGAGGACUAUGAAGGUAUCCUAGUUCAUAGCGCGAACUAUGACACCAGCAUAGACCUUCGCGGCAAGAGAGUCGCAGUGAUAGGCAAUGGAAGCAGCGGAAUUCAAGUCACUGCAGCCGUUCAGAGAGUUGCCAGCCAUGUUGGGGCAUACCUUCGAUCCCCGACUUGGGUGACCAACAAUUUAGGCUCAAGAUUUAUCGGCCAAGGAACAUCGAACUUGACAUAUAGCGAAGAGCAACAAAAGAAUUGGAUCAACAAUCCCGAGGAAUACCUUCGUCUUCGCAAGGAGAUCGAGAAGGAGCUGAACUUUCGCUUUCCGAUGUACAUUCGGGACACUGAGAUACAAGCCCAGGCUCGGAAUUUCACAACCAAGACCAUGCUCAGCAAGCUUGAGGCAAAGCCAAGCAUUGCUGAUCUCAUCAUUCCUACUUUCGGGGUCGGAUGUCGUCGACCAACUCCUGGGCCAGGCUACCUUGAAGCCCUCGCUGCUGAUAACUGUGAGGUGAUCUGGGGAGAAAUCGACUCGUUUACAAAGUCUGGAUUAAGAUCCCAAGAUGGAACAGAGCGCCAGUUUGACGUCAUCAUCGCUGCGACAGGUUUUGAUAUGUCCUUUGUUCCUCGCUGGCCGGUCAUUGGAAGAAAUGGUGUGAAUCUCCAGCAACAGUGGGAGAGGGAUCCCGCCUGCUAUAUGUCAGCGAUCGCACAGGAUAUGCCCAACCAUUUCAUCUAUAUGGGGCCUGGCAGUCCUGUUGGCCACGGAAGUAUGAUCACCUCGAUUGAACGAAUCACUCUUUAUAUAGCAGAUAUAAUUCGGAAGCUGCAAAGAGAGAAUUACUCGUCAUUCCGCCUCAAGGACGGAAAAGCCAAGGCCUAUCAGUUCCAGAUGUUGUCAUGGCUGGAGAAAACAGUUUGGGGUGACUCUUGUCAGAGCUCUUUCAAGAAUGGCAAUAAGAACGGUGCAUUGCAUGCUUUCCACCCUGGCUCACGAUUGCAUUAUUUUGAACUUCUCCGCCGACAUCGCUAUGAAGAUUUUGAAUGGACGAGUCGGUGCCCUGAGAGCCAAUUGGAUUUUGCUUGGUUUAACAAUGGCUUCUUGUCCCACGAAUUAUCUCCCGAGGAGGGAGUCGAUCCUACGUAUGUGUAUCCUUUUGCGAUUUCUCUCCUUGUUGACUGA